UUUCGCAACAUAAUAGUCUCACAGACACUAUUUGGAGAAAUCCCGCGAAAAAUCUCAAUGGCCUUUCAUCUUGGUUGCGCUAUUACAUGUCGAAAUAUUUGUUUUUGUAAGCUUGGAUUUACGAAGAACCUAAAGAAAGAGAAAGAAAGGGAUACUUUUUUUGAUGGGAUAAUUAAGGUUGAAGAAUUGUUCAAGGAUCCAUCAUGGUCAAUUAGGGUUGGAGAGAAGGAAACUAUUCAAGUUAGUGUUCCUAAGGUUGUUAAACCGAUUCAGACGAGUACGAUUCUUGUUGUUGCGAAUAAAACACCAAUUGAUGGAAGUAAUGAUGUUUAUGGUUGUGGUGGUAGUGGCGGAGAUGAUGAACUCUUAUCCAUCCAGAAAAAACAAGCUUCUUUACAGAGAAAAGCUGAUGUUUCUUCUUUGGCUGCUGAAGAUUUUGUUCGCAGAUUUGAAACCGGAAAUUUAUUGGAUGUGGGUCAAGAAAAAGCGUACGAUCUUGCUGGAGAAGAUCAAGAUUCUUCUGCUAUGAAUAUAAUGUGCAGAAUGUGCUUCUCUGGUGAAAAUGAAGGAAGUGAAAGAGCAAUUAAAAUGAUUUCAUGUACUUUUUGCUCCAAAAAAUAUCAUAAGAGUUGCAUCAAAAAUUGGGCACAACAUAGAGAUCUAUUUCAUUGGAGUUCAUGGGCCUGCCCUUCUUGCCGAACCUGUGAGGUAUGCCGCAAAGUUGGAGAUCCUACGAAGUUAAUGUUCUGUAAGAGGUGUGAUGGAGCUCACCAUUGCUACUGUCAGCAGCCACCUCACAAAAAUGUUUCUUCUGGACCUUAUCUGUGUCCAAAGCACACGAAGUGUCACAGUUGUGCAUCCACCGUUCCUGGAAGUGGGUUAAGUACAAGAUGGUUUUUAGGGUAUAACUACUGUGAUGCUUGUGGAAGGUUGUUUGUGAAGGGAAAAUACUGUCCUGUUUGUUUAAAGGUUUACAGAGAUUCCGAAUCAACACCUAUGGUUUGCUGUGACGAUUGCGAACGCUGGGUGCACUGUCAGUGUGAUGGAAUCAGUGAUGAAAAGUAUCUUCAGUUUCAAGUCGAUGGAAAUUUAUCUUACAAAUGUGCUGCUUGCCGUGGAGAAUGUUACCAGGUCCGGGAUCAUGAUGAUGCUAUCCAAGAGCUUUGGAGGAGGAGAGACAAUGUUGAUCAAGAGCUAAUUGCAAGCUUGAGGGCUGCAGCAGGAUUGCCAUCUCAAGAAAAAAUGUUAUCCAUUUCACCUUACUCGGAUGAUGAGAAUGACCAUGUUAUUCCAAAGAAUGGCAAUGGUCGUUCCUUGAAGAUUUCAGUCAAAGGAUUAUCUGACAAGUCUGUGAAGACUCCCAAGGAACAUGGGAAGAAAUCUUCCAGCAAAAAGUACAUGAAGAAGACUUAUAAAGUACCCUCUAGUAAAACAGGACCUAAUCAAUUUGAUAGGCUGCAUGAUGCACAAUCUCUUGGAUAUAGCUUGGGCGAUGAAAGGAAUAGUGAUAUGCAAUCAUAUGUAAAUGAGAGAAGUAAUAUUUUAUCACCUCAUUUAGCCAUAGGUUCAGGCCAUUCCAAAGAGAAACGCACUAUUAAUCAAUCAGGGAGUAUGCAACGUGGUUCGAUUGCGGACGGGGAAUAUGUAGGAAACAAGGAAGGCAGGGUGCCCAGAGUUCUCCACAUCAAGAAUUCACACAGUUUAAAUCCUCCGGACAGUGGUGGAAGACACGCUAGCAAGUCAGACACUGUGAAAGGAACGAAGCUAGUUAUACAUCUAGGUUCGAGAAAUCGAAAUAAUACUAAUUCACCUAUAUCCGAGGCUUCAAAUUGUCACAGGGAGCAGGAUUUAAUGGCGUCAAACGGCAGUGAAGACACAAGCCAACGUAAGGCCUAUGCGGUAGAGCCAGCACAAGAUGGAACUGCCAGAUUCGGGGAUGAUAUAGGGGGGAAUUUUGAUAGCGGAGACCGGCUACGAAGAUCGAAACACCGGAGCAGGGAAGGCAGUUCGAAGAAGUUCGGGAAAGUAAAGUCCGAUUUUCCUGAACUGAAUCAUAGAACUGGUAUACUAAAUCUAAGUGAAAGACAUGAAUCUCCUACAGUGGAGAGAACUCGUGUUUUAUUGGGUAGAGGAGUUGAACAUAGUCUGAACGUGAUAGAGCCUUCAGUAGGCAGCACACACAGAAAUGAUGAGGUCCUGCUGAAGAGGCAUUCAAAAGGAAUCCCUAAUAUACAUGGUGAAAGCUAUGAUGGAAUGCCCUCUAAUUUAGAGUCAUUACCUAGAGAUCCAAAACCAUUGCUGAAGCUAAAAUUUAAGAACCCUCAUCCUCAAAACCCCGAGCAGACUUCUAUCAAAGGUCAAAGAUCGAAAAGAAAGAGACCUUCGCCUACUGUGGAGAAAGCCCCUAUUAGGGAAGAUGAGGGCUACUCACAAUUGCAUUCUGACAAUCAAAUAGAUGAGUCCAUUGAUGCCAAUUGGAUAUUGAAGAAGUUGGGUAAGGAUGCAAUUGGAAAGAGUGUUGAAGUCCACGAGUCUUCUGACGGCUCCUGGCACAGGGGAGUGGUCGAUGCAAUUGAGGGGACUUCAACUAUAACUGUUCUUUUAGAUGAUGGUAAUGCUAACACUUUGGAACUCGAGAAGCAGCGAGUUCGGUUUGUUUCUCAUAAGCAAAAGCGGAGGAAACCUUGAGUUUGUACCCUAGAUGUGCAUUUGGAAACAGGUGCUGUAAAUCCAAGUUAAGUUCCCUUUUCGCCUCAUUCUUUCUGGGAGUGCGCCGGAGCUGUUGUUCGGACGUGGAAUCAGACAGGUUCUAUUUGAAUGAUAGUUUCUAAACUGGCACAUGAUCUCGUGCCCGUUGGGGUUUUUAUCUGUUCAAUCCAUUCGCCAAAUAUCCUCAUCAAUUACGUGAUAUAAAGUUUGAAGGUGAUGUGGUUCAACAUCAAGGUCCCGGAGAUGCAAAGCAAGUACUGUAUUAAUGUGUACUUGAAUCAUACGCCUUUCUUUUUUUUUUCUUUUUCGUGCUCACAAUGGGCACUUCCCUUGACAAGCGUUCAAUGGGACAGUGAAAAUAUGUUCAUGUUUAACAAAUGAAAGCUUUUCCAUUUCUAUUUUCUGAGCCAAGCUUCUUUGGUCUUGGUGUUCAGAGGGGCUUCAUACCCUAUAGAGAAGCAAAAUAAAAACUUCCUUUUGUAUGUUUUACAUGAUGGCAUUCAAUUUAGAUUUUCCCACAGGGGUCACGAUAAGAAAUGUAGUGCCCUUCUUUCAUAUGCUAUAUGUGCCUUCUUAUUUUAA